CAACGACUUAUAUUUGGGCUAUGGAUGUUGUAACCAUUGUUUAUUUUUAUAAAAGUAUUUAGUUCAUAACAAGUGUAACAAUUGAUUAUAACAAAAUAGACGAAAGAAGAGUUUGACUUAGUACUUACAGCAUACUAGUUACUUAAUCUACACGUAUUGAUAGAUAGGUAUUAAAGAACAGAAAGUUUUGUGCAACAUGAUCACGUCCAUGAGGGCCGCGGCAUUUACCAGUGACCCUGGUUUUUAUUACUACUAUUUUGCAACACUAGAAAAAAUAAUAAGCAAUUCGUUAACAAACCAAUAAUAAACGGAAUUUGAUGGGUGCAGUGCUCAGGAAACACGUUUUGUACUAGGCCUAAUAAUGGAAGAAGAAUUACGGUGCUUCGUUUGUAAGGAAUUUUACCGAGAACCAGUGCUCCUGCCCUGCGGGCAUGCUCUUUGUCGUUUAUGUGGGGUGAAUCUGCAAAGUCCGGUACAUGAGAAUGACGGUGCCUCAUCGACUGACUAUCAGGAGGCGGACAAGGCGUCGGUGUCGAGUGAGACGGACAGCGGUGUGGUCUGCGGCUCCCGGCCUAAUAGCUUCGCGGGUACGCCCGCCGCCGCUGCAUACCAGAGCGCCGCAUUCACUUUAACAUGCCCUACAUGCAACAAGCAAGUGUUCCUAGAUGACAAUGGAGCUGAAGGCCUUCCGCCGUUUCGCGUUAUGCGAACUAUUGUUGAGCGUUUCGGUGGCGUGGCCGGAGCUCCGCCGGCUGAGGAGGCCUGUCAGAUGUGCGAGGGGGAGCGCCGGGCGGCGGUUGUACGGUGUGAACAGUGCUCGGUCCGGUAUUGCGCUAGCUGCAGGGAUGCAUGGCAUCCCACCCGCGGCCCACUUGCUCAACAUGAGCUGAGGACUCUGGGCACAACAUGCUCUGACCAUGGCUUACCACCGGUGCUGUACUGCAACAGCUGUCUAGUCCCUGUGUGCCAGCGGUGUGUGGCUGAAAGGCACUCUUCACAUGUCACUCAACCCCUAUCAAGUGCUGCUAGAGCACAUAAGACUGAACUCUCACAAGCAUUGCAACAGCUUUCAGAAAAGGCCAAGGCUAUGACUGAAUAUAUCCAAGUAGUAAAAGGCUCAAGUGAACAAGUAGGUGAAUCAUGCUCUGAGCUAGAACGGCAGAUUGAACAAGCAUGCGCGGAGGUGUCCCGCACUCUGGGACAGCGGCGUGAGGAGUUGGUCCGAGCAGCAAGGGCGACCCGCGCACAGGCCGCGGCCGACGCGCGGGCCAGGUCCGCGCAGGCCUCGCACAAGCUCAGGGAGGCCACGGCGUUGCUGCACUUCUCCAUUGAGGCGCUUAAGGAGGCUGACCAUGCUGCCUUCCUACAGGUGGGCAGCAUCCUGUCAGCGCGCGCGCAAGAGACGAGCGGCACCCUGUGCGCGGCGCUGGAGCCCCCGCCGCAGCCGCCCGCGCUCACGCUGGACAUCGAGCCCGUGCUGCGCACCGUGCGCGCCAUGAACUUCGUCGAGUGCAUCCCGGACGAAAAGGAAAUGGGAUCCUCAGCCCCGGGCGCGCCGACGAUGGCGGUGGAGGCGUGCGCGGCGCGCGGCUGCUCGUGCACGCUGGCGUGGCGCGCGCCGCCCGCGCCGUCCGCCGUGCGCGGCUACGUGCUCGAGCUGGACGACGGCCGCGGCGGGCCCUUCCGGGAGGUGUACUGCGGACGGGAGACGAUAUGCACGGUGGACGGGCUGCACUACGCCUCGCUCUACAGCGCGCGAGUUAAAGCCUUCAACGGCGCUGGCGAGGGCCCUUACAGCGAGGUCAUCGGCCUUCAGACCUCAUCAGUGGCGUGGUUCACAUGGGACCUGCGGUGCGCGGCCGGCGAGGGGCUGACGCUGUCGGCGGACGGGCUGGCGGCGCGCGCGGCGGGCUGGCAGCCGCGCGUGGCGCUCGCCGACCAGCCGCUGGCGCGCGGCGUGCACUACUGGCGGCUCGUGCUCGACGACUACGACGGCGACGCCGACCCCGCCUUCGGCGUGGCGCGCGCCGACGUCGCUAAAGAUAAGAUGCUCGGAAGCGACGCGCUAGGCUGGGCGAUGUACAUCGACGCGCGGCGCUCGUGGUUCGUGCACGGCGGCGCGCACGGCGGCCGCGCGGCCGGCGGCGUGGCGCGCGGCGCCGCCGUGGGCGUGCUGCUCGACCUCGGCAGGGGCACGCUGCGCUUCACCGUCGACGAUACCCCGCAGGGCGAGAUCGCGUUCACGGGCCUCCGCGGCGCGUUCUACCCGGCCGUGUCGCUCAACCGCGGCGUGGCCGUGACGCUGCAGCCCGGCCUGCCGCCGCCGCCGGAGCUGCUGCUCGACCAGCUCGCCAUCGAGUGAACACCGACACGUUGUCGCCGCGAGUGCCGCCGUCCUGGCGCCUUUGACAAGGCCCGAUCUUUGACUGCUAACCGUAUCACGAAAUAUAGAGAAGCAAAUUCAAAACUUUGUCCUAAACAUUGAUCCAAAACCAAAUUAAUUACUAAGGGUGGUAUUCGAUCUGUUCAAUUUCUUUUCACCUCAGCAGCUCGAACAAGGGUACUUUGCUUCUUAAAAACAGUGAGCAAAAUGCGAUUUUGCUCACUGAGUCAUUUUUGAGACAAAAUUACAUUCAAGUGACCUUUAUAGUCAAAUUUCAUUUCAACAUGCGGGGUCUAAUACAAGUUCGAUAUACUUGGGUUCUAUUAUCUCUGUCCCUCUAGGUAUGUUCUCACUGCUUAGGGUGAAAAAUUUUGUGUACUACACGAGAUCAAAGUUAUUUACAUCUCGUGCGCUUUUGAAUCCCUUACUACGCUCAAGAUUCUAAAUUAGAUUCACUCGCUACGCUCGUGAAUCUAUUAUAGAAUCUUUCGCUUGCACGGGACUCAAAAUAAGCACUCGAAGAAAUAUCAAACUUUGAUCUCUUGUUGUACAAAUAACUAUUGUCCAAUGUGUAUUUGCGUCUCACAUUUUGCUUAGUGAGAGAGUGAGACGCAAUGACAUUGGACAGAUGGAAUACUACCCUAAGCGAGUUUUCCAAUACCAAACAAAACGUUUUCAAAGAAAACUGAAUCGUAAAAUUGGAAAUCUGACUUGAUAACCCCAGUCCGGUUCCACUGGCCGUAUGUAUGGCUCGGCAUCUAAACUGCGCGAUGUGCCGGUGAACAGAGACCGCGUGAAUAGGUCUGUCACUAUUUUCUUGGUCUCAAUCUUAACAAGAUUUUGUCCGAAUGCACCUUGGCCGCAUUGAUAUGGAGCCUUUUAAUUGCCAUUGCUAUUUUAUAUUUAUAUAACACGAACCUUAAUGGUAUAUUGGACGGACAUUUUAAACUAUGGUCGGCUAUUGCCGAUUGUAGUAGUCAAAAUGUUAAAACAGUAAAAGUCAGAAAUCAGAGUCAGAGCUGUGUCAUAGUCAUAGAUCUUUCUGAUAAUACUGACGGUCUAUGUUACACAGAAUUUAGGUAAACUACUUAUAAACCUUUCAACGAUUCAAGAGGCAGACUAUGAGUCCUUUAAUAGUCACGUGUCGUAUCCUGCAAUUAGUCGAAACGUGCCUUUAUGAUGCAUUGCAUGGCCAUGGCAUGAUUUCAUAUAUCGUCAGGUGACAACCAAAACUCACUAGUUACUAAAAAAUAAUUAAACAAAAAUCACCCUUAUUCAUGUGUUAAUAUGGUUCACUAUGGCUAUUAACUUGUAGUAGCAAUUCUAAUUAGUGAGUUUUGAUUAUCACCUGACGAUAUAUUUUCCCCAUGGACGUGAAUUCUGGUACAGUCGCCAUCAGAUAUAGCCGCCAAGGUGCUCACAAUUACCUGAACACGUCUGUAUUGUCAAGGCGCUAGCUUCUGUCUGUUAGUCUGCGUACUUAAAGAAGCGCGAAAAAAAUGUGUUCUUUUGGUUAAUCAUUCAUAUUGAACAAUUAACUUAGGUACUUAGAUAUCGAAUUUAUUAUAUUUUUAUUAUUUGAACAUGUAUACCCGCCCAAUAGUUAAAACACUAACUUAAUUAGUAAGUAAAUUUUCAUAAUAUAUAUUGUUACCUACACAGGUAUAGCUAGUAAGUGUUGAGUACACGAAAAUAUCACAUUUAUCGUGUGCGUAUAAUUAUAUGUAAACAUAUAAUUGUUCCGUUAUAGUUCGGUCCAUUUGACUGCAACUUACAGAUCUAGGCAAGUUAAUCAAUAAAUCUAUUAGAAAAUAACGGCAAAGUUAGGAAAUACGGAGGCAAAGUUAGUGUUUAACCCCUCGUGGUAAUAUUGAUCCCCUAUUAAGCGAAACAUUCUUAAAUUGAACCACAAGCGUAGCGAGUGGUUCGAUAAGUGGAAUCUUGAGCGUUGCGAGGGUUUAAUGCAUGAUUUUUUUUUUCACCACACCAACACGAGACAAAUACUAACUGUAUGUAUAUUACAAAUCAUAUCCAAAUUAACGUUAUUAAAUAUAAAUCAUUCAAAGUCGUCACUUAAAAGUCAAUUCUACCAGCCAACAUGAAGAAAGAAGAAACUCAAAAUAAUAGAUAUUAUGAUGAUAGAUUUCAUUUGAUAAUUAAUAAUAAUGUCAAUGAGUUUAUUAUUAUAAUGUGGAUUUGUUUUUAUUAGAUUUAUUAAUUAUUGUAUUUUCUAACAUUGUAAUCUUGUAAAUAGGAAAAAUAACUAGAUUAAAAUAAUAUAAAUGAAAUAAUGGAUAAAAUGAAAUUUUUUUCAUCCAUUUUCCCAGAGUAAAGAGAGCCUUUACAAGCUGGUGUGGUGAAAUAUAUUACAUUAAAUAUAUUAAGCGAGCCUCCGUAAAAUUUGCAAUUAAUUUUGGGUACCACCUGGUAUUGUGUGUAUUUUUUAAUCUUUUUUUUUAAUAUCCUGUGUUGCAGACACGUGGUGAUAUUUUUAUAUCACUUUAUUUUUUGUACUAGGUAUACUUACAAUUACAUAUUAUUGCAUUCCGUUUGCGUAGCCUCCGAUGUCCCAUGUCUUAUUUUUUACUUUUAUAUUUUAUUUUGUUGUAUUUUAAUAAUGAUCUCUAGAUAGCUACAAUGUAUUUUUUGUAUAGUCAGCAGUCGUUACAUAGCAAGUUACAUUUGCGUUGAUAAACAAUUCUGUCUAUUUCUUUACUGUAGGUACAAAUACAUUUCAUUUUGUGUCACGUACCUAAUGCAAUAAUUAAUAAAUAUUUAAGUUGAACACGAACAAACUUUUGAAAAAUUAAUUAUUGGAGUAAUUUAAUUUGUGUGUUCUAAUCAUUUAUUGUUUGGAAAUAGGUAGCUGAAAAUAAUGUAAAAUUAAUAAAUAUCUACAAAUUUCUUUGCAAAGGUGCAUGUCGACCCGACCUAAUGAAAUUACAAUAGAUUAUUUGUACUUCUGGUGCAGGUUAUUUAUUUUAUGAAUUUAUGAUUUAAUGUAUUAUUUCCGCCUUUUAAAUUAAAACUUAACCAUAAUUUAUUAUCUUACUAUACAAGAAAACUGUGCCAUUGUCAUGAGACACCAACAUCUUUUGUAUAUCAAAGAAUUGGCGUUGUUGAAUUCUUAAAACGUGUACCUUUGUCCUAAAUGAUUGUAUUUAAAUGUAUUGUAAAUGCGUUAUUUAAGCGGAAAUGUGUGCUGUUCUUAUGUUAAUGUACUGAAUGAUUAUUGCGACUGAUUUACAAUAAAUUUUAAUAACCUUA